GCGCGCUGGGCACUGCGGGGCAAGAGCAGCGGUGCUGGGCGAUCAUCACAACAAGGUAGCUCGGCUGCCUUGGUUGCCCGUGUGUGCCUUUCGUUAGCUGGCUGGCUGGCUGGCUGGCUGGCGUGGUUGCAGUGGUGCGUAGCAGCAGCAGCAGCAGCAACAACAACAUGGCGAGUGAAUCUCACUCCCUCAGCUAUGUUGGGUGCAACUUUUUACGGCAGAGGCUGGUGCUUUCCACGCUGAGCGGGCGGCCGGUGAAAAUCCGCAAGAUCCGAGCCAAGGAUGACAACCCCGGCCUCAGAGAUUUUGAAGCCAACUUUAUACGGCUGAUUGACAAAAUAACCAAUGGCUCUAGGAUUGAAAUAAACCAAACAGGUACCACUUUAUACUAUCAGCCUGGCCUGCUCUAUGGGGGCUCAUUGGAACACGAUUGUAGCCCCAGUCGCAGCAUUGGGUAUUACUUGGAGAGCCUUCUCUGCUUAGCACCAUUCAUGAAACACUCAUUAAGAAUUGUUCUCCGGGGCGUCACCAACGAUCAAGUAGAUCCUUCGGUGGAUGUUCUUAAGGCAACCGCUAUACCUUUAUUGAAAAGAUUUGGAAUUGAUGGCGAAGAGUUAGAAUUGAAGAUCACAAGGAGGGGUAUGCCCCCCAAAGGUGGAGGUGAAGUGGUAUUUUGUUGUCCCGUGAAGAAAGCAUUGAAGCCUAUUCAGUAUGUCGACCCUGGCAAAAUUAAGCGCAUCAGAGGAGUUGCCUAUUCGGUCAGAGUGUCUCCCCAGAUAGCAAACCGAAUUGUGGAUUCUGCAAGGAGCAUCCUGAAUAAAUUCCUUCCAGAUAUUUACAUUCACACAGAUCAUAUGAAGGGGACCAGCUCUGGGAAGUCUCCAGGUUUUGGGCUGUCUCUUGUGGCUGAGACGACAAACGGUACUUUCCUUAGUGCUGAGCUGGCCUCUAACCCCCAAGGAGAGGGUACAGCUGUCCUCCCAGAAGACCUUGGUACAAACUGUGCAAAGUUGCUACUGGAAGAGAUUCACAGAGGAGGCUGUGUGGAUUCAACAAACCAAAGUCUUGUCCUGCUCCUCAUGACCCUUGGACAGCGGGAUGUUUCCAAAGUUCUGUUAGGACCACUAUCGCCUUACACGAUUGAGUUCCUGCGGCAUUUGAGAAGUUAUUUCCAGGUUAUGUUUAAAAUUGAAACCAAAUCAUUUGAAGAAGAACGCAAAGGCGGUGAUAAAGUCUUAAUGACAUGUGUUGGCGUUGGUUUUUCCAACCUUAGCAAAACAGUAAAAUGAUGAUGUGCCUGUGGAUUUCAAUUAAAAGCACCUUGAUAAUUAAGUACCAUUUUGUUACAUAUAAAAUAUUCUGUUGAGAAACUUUUAACCAACUUCACUUUGCACUCAGAAAAAAUGUUGAUUUUGCGUAUGCAUCUGAAUUCUAUCUGCUCUGUAAAGCAGUGUUUGCUAUGUUUUGUCAAAAUAAUUACUCUGAAAGAUUAUGUAAAAGAAUCCUCAUUGAACUGAAGAGCUAUGAUGUAAAAUGUUUGGCCUAAUGAGUAAAUAAUUUUAGUAGAACAUCCUUCCAAGUGAUUAUGGUGAACACUGUGCAUUCCAAGUACAAAAUGUAUUCCAUAAUCUGCCACUCGGCUGCUUUUCUUCUGAAUGCAGCUUGUCCAUUGUCAGCUGCAGUCAUAAAUAUGCUUCCUCUACAUUUUUAUUAGGCAUCGGCUGCAAAACAAAACUUUAGUUUUAAUUUUCUACACUAGUAAUCUUUCCUGCUUGUAUUAAUUACUCUUGGAACAUCUUUAUUUAGCUCCUUUUUUUGGGGGGGGGGUGUUAAGCAGAAGAGCCUUCCUCUUCAUUUCAUGGCAAAAUGCACCGGAGAGGAUGAUCUGUAAGACUUAUGUGCAUCAUAGAUUGUGUGAGAAAUCAACUGGUUGUGCUGAAUGAAGUACUUCUAUCUAGCUAUAUCUCCUUCUUCCCCUUCCCCUUGGCCAGUGCUGAUCUAAGCAUCUAGUCUCCCAAUCAUUAUGCUUACGAAUCGAUGCUCUUGUAUGCUGCUUGAUAGUGCCAUAACUUAUCCCUGGUCACACACAAUGACAACUAUAACAUCUGGCGCAAAAGCUGAGGAUUAAAAGAAUGGUUCUGCUGUCUAGCAAUGGACAAACUCUAUGGUAUCAGAGCCUGCCUUCCCAUGAAACGUGGUGAAGGCCCUGCUUCAGGAGUUAAUUAUAUAUUCACCCCUACUGCCUGGAGACUCACACUGUUGGUGCCUCUUGGUGGGUGCUCUAGAAAGCCUGGCUGGCUGCUCUCCCACUGCGGCAUUUGCUGCAUGGGAGAGUGGAGCUGACAGGGCUCUCUAAAGCUGCUGCCCAGCCCAGAGGCAGAACAGUCAGUGUUCCAGUGAGCCCCAGUUGCCCUAUUCUCCUGCUGUGGCAAAUGCUCUGGGAAGGGCAGACUCUCUGAGGAGCCAUGUUGGCUGUAAAAAGCAGCUGAUUCGGCCAGACCCAAAUGCCUGUCUCUUAGGAAUCUUCAGGGAGCGCUCCUGGAGAUCGUAGUGUGCAGCAGUGGUCUGUAAGUGGAAGACGUUGUCACCUGGACUCUUCAUUAAAGUAUGUGAAUGAGGUAAUGUGAUUGCACAAUAAAAGCACCCCUUGGCCCAGCAUUGCAAUACACGAAUAAAGGCUUUUUGAGGACCGAUGAAUAUAUUCAAACUCAACAACAGUUGCUUUUUCCCUUAUUCAAGUUGCUGAUUCUUCUCAGGAAAGACAUCUGAAAUGGGAUUGUUCCAGAACCAAUUACAGUAGCUAAUUGAUUAGUCUAUUAAAGUCAAAAGGUGUUUUGUUUUCCUGCAAGACUGCUUGUUUAUAAUAAAUAACAUUUCAUUUCAA